GGCAGCAUUUUGGUAUUUUGACUAGUGAAGGGUCCAAGCAAAAAUUUUCAAUUUGUGAUGCGGCCAGCACCGUCGAUCAUUGCUCCUCCUGCUGCCGCCGCCGCUGCGUAUAUAAAUCUAGAAAACUGCCAUUUUUGUAUCUCGUCUACGAUUCCAUAAAAACCUCACAAAACCCAAAACAAUAUAUGUGAAAUCUUGAAACGCAACCCUAAUGAGACGACAAUGGUGGCAUUACCUACAAAAAAGAUAGCGAAGAGUUCAAUAUCGUCAACGCCGUUAUCAAUCAAUGAAGAAAGUUUCAUAUCUGAUUCACAAACCCAGAUUCCGUUGUUUCUCAUCAUCGUCUCGCGUAACCGCGAUCUCGAGCGAAGUUUCAAGCAUCGUACACUCAGUGGAUCCGAUGGAACCAGCACUCGAACAAGUAGUCCCAUUCCUCUCUCCUGAAAUCAUCACAUCCGUACUCCAAGAACAACGAAAUCCAUAUCUUUGUUUCCGAUUUUUUGUGUGGGCGGCAAAACGAAAGCAGUUUCGCAGCUGGGGUUCUCAUAAUUUGAUGAUUAAUUUGCUCGUAUCAGACAAUUCACAUCUUUUCGAUGCUUAUUGGAGAGCUCUUGAAGAGAUUAAGAGCUAUGGGCUCCGAAUACCUUCUGAUGCGUUCGCGGUUUUAAUAGCCGGGUAUUGGGAGACGAAGAACGCUGAGAAAGCAGUGGAAUCAUUCGGUAAAAUGAAAGAUUUUGAUUGCCAACCUAAUUUGUUUACUUACAAUUUGAUUCUUCAUAUAUUGGUGAAUAAAGGCAUGAUUUUGUUAGCUUUAGCCGUGUAUAAUUUGAUGUUGAAGUUGAACUGUCAUAUGAAUUGUUCAACCUAUACUAUUUUGAUUGAUGGGUUGUGCAAAAGCGACGACAUGUCUGAUGCACUUAACCUGUUCAAUGAAAUGUCUCAGAGAGGCAUAGUACCUAGUAAGAUCACUUAUACUGUCGUCCUUUCUGGGUUAUGUCAAGCUAAGAGGAUUGAUGAGGCCUACCAGUUAUUCGAGAACAUGAAAACCACUGUUAAGCCAGAUUUUAUCACUUACAAUGCUUUGCUAAAUGGGGUUUGCAAGUUGGGUAAAAUGGAUGAAGCAUUCGAUCUUUUGAAGAGUUUCAAGAAGGAUGGUUUUGAUCUUGAUUUAAACAGCUAUAGUUCUUUGAUCGAUGGGUUGUUUAGAGCUCAUAGGUUCAAAGAAGCUCAUGAUACAUUCCACAAAGCGACCAAUUCUGGCAUCACACCUGAUGGCAUCCUGUACACAAUCAUGAUCAGAGGGCUAUGUGAUGAGGGCAGAGUAGAUGAUGCAUUUAAGUUAAUAAAGGAAAUGACUGAUAAAGAUUUGGUUCCAGAUACUCAAGCCUACAACACUUUAAUCAAAGGGUUUUGUGAUAAGGGUCUCUUGGAUGAAGCCCAAUCACUCAAACUUGAAAUUUCAGGUGUUGAUAAUUUCCCAGAUUCUUGCACUUACACUAUUCUUAUAUCGAGUAUGUGUAGAUAUGGUCUUGUGGAUGAUGCACAAAACAUAUUCAAUGAGAUGGAAAAGUACGGAUGUGUCCCUUCUGUCAUCACCUUCAAUGCUCUUAUUGAUGGGCUUUAUAAAUCCAAGCAGCCUGAAAAAUCUUUCCAUUUGUUUCACAGAAUGGAGAUUGGAAAAAACCCUUUUUUAUUUCUUAGAUUUAAUCAAGGUUCUGAUAGAGUUGUUGAGAGGGUGACAGAGUUAUGUGAAUCAGGGUCACCUUUAGAAGCUUACAAACUUCUCACACAGAUUUCAUUCCUUCCAACCAUUACAACUAACAACAUCUUGAUCAAUGGUUUAUGUAAAGCUGGGCUCUUGGAUGCUGCUUUAAACCUCUUUAAGAAGCUUAAAGUAAAAGGAAAUACACCUGACUCUGUUACAUAUUCAACACUCAUUCAUGGGCUCGAAAGUGUUGGGAGAGAAAAAGAUGCAAUUAUGCUUGUAAAAGAAAUGGUGGAAAACGGGUGUAAACCUACUCCUGCAGUUUAUAAAACCCUAAUGAAAUGGUCUUGUAGAAGAAACAAGACAUUUGCUGCUUUCAAUCUUUGGUUAGAGUACUUGAAAACUGUCUCAAAACGAGAUGAAGAAGUAAUCAAAUUGGUUGAAAAUCAUUUACAAAAUGGAGAAAUAGAGAGACCAAUGAGGCUAUUACUUGAUAUGGAUAUAAAGUCAAGGGAUUUGGAUCCAGCACCUUAUACAAUCUGGCUUAUUGGAUUUUGUCAAGUGCAUAAAACAACAGAGGCUUUGAAAUUGUUUGCUAUUCUUAAGGAAUAUGAUAUUACUCUUACACCUGCAAGUUGUGUGAUGUUAAUUACUACUCUUCUUGGAGAAAGUAAUUUGAACAUGGCUCUUGAGGUUUUUCAUUACUCCUUGCAAAAAGGUUUUAUCUUGAAACCAAGAAUCUGUAGUAAUCUGCUUAGAUCCCUUAUUCGAUCGCAUGAUAUGUCAAACCAUGCUAUUGAGCUUAUGAAGAAAAUGGAUUCUUGUGGGUAUGAUAUGGAUUCCAUUAAAUGGUUUAAACAAGGAAUACAAAACGUGUUGACAAAAUGAGAGGAUGUUUUUACACAAAGUUUAGUGUCAAAGGGUGUUGUUGUAAAAGUUAAUGGAGGUAUGAGAAUCCAUAAGUGAGGGGUGGUGUAUACCCUUUUUGAGAAGUAUUGGAGUUUGUAUCCUAAAUCUUUUUGUAGUUUUAAACAAAUGUGGCAAAGAAAUUCAUUUGCUUAUUUAGUUUUCAAUAGAAUUUGACACCUUUAGGGCUUUGUACUUUCUUUAGGAAAGUAAGUAUUUAUUUAAAGUUGGUGAUUUUGUAAUUGGUAGCAGUGGAUGUUAUGCACUGAUGGAAACACUUUUAUGAGGUUGAUUCCUUUUAUCGUUAUAGACUCGUAUGUAUAAAUGAAAGAAAUAACAACCUACUUUCAUUUAUUUCUUUAUUA